CGAUUCUGACGUGCGUCGCGCAAUCUAGUGCGCUGGGGCCAUGGCGGCCUUGCGGCCCGGAAGCGAAGCGAUUCGCCUGUAUCUCUGCCGUUCUUUCUCCGGCGGCGUUGGUCGGCUGGCCCGUGAACGCGGGACGGAGCGCAGGGAUGCUGCGUCCAGCCGGGUCUCAAGAUUCUGCCCUCCAAGACAGUCUUGCCAUGAUUGGAUAGGACCUCCAGAUAAACACUCAAACCUUCGUCCAGUUCAUUUUCAUAUUCCUGAAAACGAGUCCCCCUUGGAACAAAGGCUUAGAGAAUUGAGACAAGAAACACAAGAAUGGAAUCAGCAGUUCUGGGCAAACCAGAAUUUGACCUUUAAAAAGGAAAAAGAAGAAUUCAUUUAUUCAAGACUUCAAGCUAAAGGCUCAGGCCUGCGAACCAAGUCAGGCCAGAGAACAGCAUUGGACGCAGAGGAAAUGGCUGACUUUUAUAAGGAGUUUCUGAGUAAGAAUUUCCAGAAGCACAUGCGUUACAACCGUUAAACUUGUCAACCUCCCCGCAUGCACGGCACUCAUGGUGCCCAGGCCUUGGGUCAACGAGUGGAUUCUGAAGACUUCCCUUGUCUUUCCCUGGAGGUGUGGGGUCAGUCAGGGUGUUGCCUGUGUGGAAACAAGGAGGUCAGCAGAGGUCAGAGGCCACAGGAGAGCCAUGCAGAGACCAGUAAGGACAUGCUAGUCCUCAUAAAAGCUCGUGUGGAAAAAUGUAAGGAAUGUCAGUUUCCCUGCUCUGUGUGCAUAGUAUGUAAGGGUAACCACACAAAAGGACAUUCAGAGAUGGUGAUGAGUUACUGUUUUCCUAGUAGCACACAGAGAUCUAGGCACUUGUCAUCCCUGACUGCUGAAAUCACUGGGCAAAGAAAGCUGUGAGGAUGGAGUGAUGACAGAUCAGAUGACAUACCUGCGCCCCGGUAUGUCCACACCCCCUGUAGGGGGCAACCCAGUGUGCUGCAGGAGGAUGUAUAGUCCGUGCCUGCAGGGGGUUUCAUGAGAGAUGGGAUCCUAGUGUGGUUGGACUUCAUCCAAGUACCAGUUCUUAGGCAAAAGGAGUGUGUAACUGGGGAGGGGCACUGAAGACCUUUGUAAUGAUAGCCUGAAGAUGCCGGCUCAGUUCACAAUAUUGGGCAUUCCACAGAGUGUUCAGUCCUGAGAUAUUUGGACACAGUGUCUAAAGAUGGGGUGGUUGUUUCCAUGAGGUGGUUAUCAUCCUGUCAGAGUUGUGACUUUUUUUUCCUGUUUUAUUUAUUUACUUAAUUUGAGACAAGGUCUCAUAUUUAGGCUUGAAACUUGCUUUGUGAACCAGGCCUCUACCUUGGGAGUAAUAGAAUUAUAGGCAGACAUCACCGUGUUUGACUCUUUUUGUUAUUGCUAUUGUUUGGUUGGUUUGAUAUUUUGAGAAAGGGUCUCACUCACUAUGUAGACCAUGCUAGACUCAAACUCAGUCUGCCUGCCUCUGCUUCUUUUCAAGAGAUGAAAUUAAAGGUGGGGGCUACCAUGCUUAGCCUGAUAAAUCUGAUUUUUAAAUAAUCAUCUAAGCUUUUGGUUAUAGCUGGUAAAAGUUAAGGUGCAACUUUAGAUUUGCUUUAAAAUGUAGCCAUGACAGGACUGGGUGUGGACAGAGUAACAAGACCUCAAGAGAACAUGGUGGCAGUGGCAGUGGCAGCUGGAGGAGCAUCAGCGUCCAUGUCUGUUGUGCAUUACCCUGACCUAGUUAGUCACUCACAGGAGCCUGUGCUCAUAGAGCCCGGCUGCCCCCUACAGGCCCUGGUGUGCACAGUGGCUCUCAGGAGGCUGAUGGGCACAGAAGCAGGAGGCUUUGCUAGCUUUUUCCCUGCAUAGCUGGGUCAGAUCAGCUACAUCAGUGUGGCCUGGUGGGGCGCCCUCGUUCUCUCUUGAGCUUUUCUUCCUUACUCGGGGUACUUCUGUCAGUGGAGCCCUGCCUCAUGUAGGUAGAGUCUGGGGACUUGUGUGACUUCUGCUGCCACUGGCUAGGGGCUCUGCUUCCUCUCUUGGCUUCUGUACGUUAGAAGGGCUCAAUAAACCCAUCACUAGCAGAAGUUCAAAGCUCAGGGGCCUGGAAUGCCGGGUGCUGGUGUCUUUGGCUGCCAGGAGCUUGCACCAGGGCCAAGAUGAGCCUUUCUCCUGUGCAGUGAGCUCUCCAGACUUCACCAGUGGGCAGGGUUCUGUCAAGUGACCUGGAGGCAGCAUUUUUCUUUACAGAUUCCACCACGGUUUGUAUGAGGAUGAGAGGCCUGUCACCAGAACAGGGGAUUUAGAGCUUGUGACCAGUUAACUUCCUACUGGGGAGCACUGGGCCUGUAUACUUUUCAUACAAAUUAGACCAAGGCAGGACACCCCUCUGGUCCCUAGGAAGCCUCCCAGACUGUGUUCCAUGGUUGCUGAUCUCUCUGCAGUGUCUGUCUUGAAUGUUGCUAGAUUCAGAGAGGGUCUUAUGAAUGCUUUAGUACAGGCCAGAGGAAAAUUAGAGCCCUCCAUACAUAGGGAAACUGGCUCCAUGUGUGUAUGGCCAGCUGGGGUGGAGGUAGGGAGUCAGAGGGAGCUGCUGUCCAUGAGUUGACUGGAGCACC